AUUCUCUCUCUCUCUCUCUCUCUCUCUCUCUCUUUCUCUCUGUCUCUCUCUCCCCCUACUAAAUCUCUCUAUCCACUGAAACUAUAGCCCCUAAAUCUCUCUCUCUUUCUCUCUCUCUCUCUCUCCUAUAAAUCUGUCUGAAUUCAUAGUCUUUAUCCAUUGAAACUAUAGCUUCUGUCUGUCUCUAAAAAUCUCUCCUCUCUCUCUCUCGAAUCCCUAUGAUUCGUAUUUUUAUCCACUGACUACUCUCUCUCUUACGCUUUUGUUCAUAUGCCGCUCUCUUUCUCUGUCUGGCAACUCCUUUAAAUGAAGAGUAAAAAGACCAUAUGUGAGGCUUCUCAAAAGCAUAAAAAAUGGCUUCAAGUUUCAGUCCUCUGGAACUCAAGCAACCUUUUCACGCUUCUCUCCUUCUUUGUAAGUACCCAAAAGCACUUAUCCACAAAACCCAACAUUUUCCUUGUCUUAUGCAUGCUUCAUCUAGAGUAUUAACAGGCAACUCUUCUAUGUUUUCUCUCUCUAGAAUUUAUGCAAAAACUUUGUCUGGAAAUCUUUCCAUUGAUAGUGAUGAAUGCAAAACCAAACUCGAUUUUAAAGCUCAGACAAAUAAAUACUUGAGAGAGAAAAACUUGGGUUUUGCAGAUGAUAACACAGGCAGUAAGAACAUUGGGGAGAACAAGAGAGAGAAAAGCUUGAGAUUUUCUGAGUUGGGUAUUGCAGAGAAGAAUAUAAGCAAUGAGAACUCUAGCAAGCAUGGGAAGCAAGGAGGGAAAAACUUGGAGUUUGCUGAAUUGGGUUUUGCAGAGAAGAGCAUACACAGAGAUAACUCCAAAGAUAAUAAGAGAGAUAAGACUUUGGGGUUGUCUACUUUGGGUUUUAGAGAGGGAAAAACAAGGGAUAAGAAAUCCUUGAAAAAUGAGGAUGGUUCAGUACAUUUGAGAGCUAGAUUUGAUACAAUCAACAAGAAUUCAAAGAAAAAACAGAGAGAGAAAAACUUGGGGCUUUCUGAAUUGGGUUUCUCAGAGCAGGCUAAGGGAGGCGAGAGCACUAAGAAAAGUAAGAGAGAGAUAACCUUGCAAUUGUCUAGUUCCAGUAGUAGAGAGAGAAAGACAGGAGCUAAAAAAUCUGAGAGAGACAAAGAUGGUUCAGUGGAAUUUAGAGUUGGGUUGGAUAUGUGUUCUAAGAAAGGGAAUGUCUUGAGAGCUCUAUCGCUUUAUGAUUCGGCCUUGAAAGAAGGUGCAGAGUUGAAGCAGUAUCACUAUAAUGUGCUUCUCUAUCUAUGCUCAUCUGCUGCAAUGGGUUUGGUUACUCCUGCGAAGAGUGGGAGUAAUAAGGCUCAGGAUAAAUUGCUUCCUAGUUCUUUGAUUUUAGGUGAUUCUUCUCUAGAUAUGGAUAAGAAUGGAGCUGUUUCUCUCUCCAAAUUUGACAAUUCAGACAUAAAUUCUCAGUUUUCUAGUCAGUUCCCUAUAGAAUCUGAUAUUAGUGAUACAGAGGAUUUUGAGGGUUUUCAUAAAUCAGAAUCAAGUUCUCAGUUUUUAGGUAGUUUCUCCAAAGAUUUGGAUUCAAACUCACAAUCUUCAAAUGGGUUUUCUGAAAAAAUGGGUAGAAAUGAGUCUGAGAAAAUGAAAGAGAAUUUGGAGGAAGAAGGUAUACGUGUUCCUGAUGAAGUGAAAAGGUAUGCUCUCUCUAGAGGACUCGAGAUAUUCGAUAAGAUGAAGUUAGAGAAAGUCCCUUUGAGUGAAGCUGCUUUAACUGCAGUGGCUCGAAUGGCUAUGUCUGUUAACAAUGGGGAUUUGGCAUUUGAAAUGGUGAAGAAAAUGAAGGAAUUGGCUAUAACCCCAAGGUUAAGAUCCUAUGGCCCUGCACUCUUCACAUUUUGCAAGAAUAGGGAAAUUGAUAAAGCAUUCGAGGUCGAAACCCACAUGUUGGAUUGUGUGGUAUUCCCUGAAGAGCCAGAAUUAGAGGCACUUCUAAAGCUGAGUGUCUUAGAAGGUAGAGGAGAGAAGGUAUACUAUAUUUUACAUAAACUUAGAACUAGUGUGAGACAGGUCUCUUCAUCUGUAGCAGAGCUCAUUGAACAAUGGUUUAAGGGGAGAGCAGCUUCAAGGGUAGGAAAGAGACAGUGGAAUAGAGAGAGAAUAGUUCAGGCUAUGGUUAAUGGUGGAGGAGGUUGGCAUGGUCAAGGUUGGUUAGGUACGGGCAAAUGGAAAGCUGAGAGAACAAGUGUUCGGCAUGAUGGUGUUUGUGGAUCUUGCGGACACAAGUUGGUGACAAUUGAUAUUGAUCCAAUUGAGACAGAGAACUUUGCUAAAUCGGUUGCAUCCAUAGCUGCAAAUAGAGAGAGGAAUUCGAGUUUCCAAAAUUUCCAGAAAUGGCUGGACUACUAUGGACCAUUUGAAGCCGUCGUGGAUGCUGCUAAUGUGGGCCUUAUGAACCAAAAACGCUUCUUGGUGUCCAAGGUCAAUGCUGUUGUUAAUGGCAUUAGACAGAAGCUCCCAUCAAAGAAAUGGCCGCUGAUCAUUGUGCACCAUAGGCGUAUACAAGGAGGGAAGGCAGAUGAGCCAGCUGAUAGAAAAGUGAUAGAAAAAUGGAAAAAUGCUGAUGCACUUUAUGCCACCCCGACUGGUUCAAAUGAUGAUUGGUACUGGUUGUAUGCAGCUAUCAAGUACAAGUGCUUGAUUGUGACCAACGAUGAGAUGCGGGAUCACAUAUUUCAAUUGUUGGGGAAUGAUUUCUUCCCCAAAUGGAAAGAAAGACAUCAGGUCCAUUUCACUUUCCAAGCCAGUGGCCCUGUGUUUCAAAUGCCCCCACCUUGCUCUGUGGUCAUUCAGGAGUCAGAGGACGGAAAUUGGCACAUCCCGUUCGCUAGGGAACAUGAUACAGAGAGAGAUCAAAGCUGGUUAUGCAUAACACGCUCUAUGAAAGAUACAUCCACAAAACCACAAGAUAAUGAAGCUUGCUCCCAGUAUAAGGUUUCAACCGGCGGUGUAAGCACUCACACCCACUCUGAAUCCAAACCAGACAAAAGAGCAUACACAAAAACAAUGGCCAGCUUAUCUUCUUCGGCUAAGAUAUCCUCGAAUUAUCUGAAAAUUUUAUCUGAGAUUGAGGCCGCCGAGAAGCUCGGAGAUUGCAUUAUUGAUUUCCAGAUAUGAUGAAAUCCUAUUUAAUCAUAGAAUUACACAUCUGAUGUAAGAUACAAAGGCCUGCUCAAAUUGGGCUUUGUAAGUUAAUUUAUAUGAAGUCCCCAAAUUUCUUGAUUUUC